AAACCCUAAUGCUGCCUCAGCUGAGCUGGGCGCGUCUGCAAGGUAGCGCUUUACACUUUCCUUUCAUCCAACUUUCUUCCCUUCAUCUCUCUCACCAAUCUGGUCUCAGAAUCACAACUCUCCCAGGACGGACUCUUGGAAGAUUUAUUGCAGGCUCAACAGCGGCAUUUGGUGCGGCGUCACUUUUGAGCAAUACAAUCAGUUGCAUGCACGGAAGUUAGUUGCGACUACUCAAGCACCACUAGUUUGGAACUCUUAUCUUCUCGGCUUUCAUCAUGGUACCUGACACCUCUGAGUUGCCCCCUCCAAAGAAAGAAAUCUGGAAAGACAAAGAGACCAAUCUCUGGAAUCUUUCAAUUGAGUUUCUGGUCCCUUUGACUAAAGAAAGGGUCUUUAAAAUCAUCUCUGACCCGGAUUUAUCAACCAGGGUGUUCAGCAACUUCAAGGGGUACAGUGAUAUGGAAGUUCUGGAUGAGGACAAGCAGAAAGACUUCACCAGGUUCGAGAUGGACCGGCAUCAGUGGUACCGUGUCCUCUGGUUCAAGGGCAGCGUUGCGACGCGCCUUCUGUAUGAGAAUUAUCCAAAGGAGGGGCGGCAGUAUUUCAAGCUGAUGCGCCCAGGUUUUAUGCGCGUGUUUGAUGGUCGGUGGCAGGUUGAGGAUGCCGACUGCAAUGGGGGGCAGUGUGCCAGAGUUAAGCUUGACCAGCUCUUCCAGUUGGGCAUUCGCAUUCCAGGCUCCGAUAUCUUGAUCAAGCGACUGGUGCCAGGGACAACGGAACAAAUGAUGAACGAUCUCAUCCGGGAAGCCCAGUCGGAAAACGAGGAUUCCAAAGCAAGCGGAUCUUCAGAGUAAGUAGCGAGUUGUCAGGUAUGCGAAGGACUAAGUGCAAUUGAGAUCAACCAUAAAAAUGGAGUAGCGCGCGCGCGUGGCCGCUGAUUAGGUAGUCUGCAUUGGUUAGAAAUAACCCCGUUGAGUCUUAGGUAUAUCGAGCCGAGAAUAGGUUAAAAUUAGGUGCUCUUCUAAUCUCGACUAAGAGUAGGAACAUUGCAUGAUACAAUAACAGCAAUCCCGAUGCCCGCAUGCAAUAUGGCGACGUCUUGCAGCCAUUAAGGUGGUCAAUGAAAUGCAUGCGCAAGGCAUUGGAGUAAUUU